UUUAUGUUGUAAUAUACAUAUAUAUAUAUAUUGCACCGGCUUUUGAGAACCAGAUUGAAUGCAAAAACAAUAAUGGAAAAAAGCCUGAAUAUUUUUUGAAUAUAUUUUUAAAAGUUAAAAUAUUGGCACAUGAACUCAGGUGGUGCAUUUUGUGGGCCGAGCAGAUGGUCAGAUGGCAGGGAUGCUGGUCAAGCGGGUGAGUGGCCGGACUAGUUAUAGCCCUUAUUCGACCGAACUGCGGAGGAAAGUGACCAAAGCUGGAGGGCAAAUGUUGGAUACCAUCUCCUGCCGGACCAGCAUCUGGCUUAAGGAGCUGCCACGGCGAGAGGGCCUAGAGGCUUUGACGUCCAGCCUGGUGGACCUGCCUUCCUCUGCCAUGGCAGGGACGCUCAAGCGGCCCAGCAGCCUCAGCCGCCAUGCCAGUGCAGCAGGAUUCCCACUGUCCCCUGCUGCCAAGGGCCUUGCCAAGGGGCACAAGCCCCACAGUGUCCACAGCCCCAGCGAGAGCAGCGAAGGGAGCCUGACCGACCCAGAGGACAUCUCCCAGCUCCUGGCCGACGUGGCCUGCUUUGCUGAGCGCCUGGAGAAGCUGAAGGACGUGGUGCUCCAGGAAGAUGGAGUGGAAUCGCGACGGCCGGUGGCCCACGAAUGCCUGGGAGAAGCUUUGCGGAUCCUUCGGCAGAUUAUCAGCAAAUAUCCUCUGCUCAACACGGUGGAGACCCUGACUGCGGCCGGGACCCUCAUCUCCAGGGUCAAAGGUUUCCAUUAUGAAUCCAACAACGAAGCGGAAAAAAGGGAAUUUGAGAAGGCCGUGGAGAUGAUUGCCGUUUCCUUCAGCAGCACAGUCUCCGAAUUCCUCAUGGGAGAAGUAGACAGCAGCACCAUCCUUUCGAUGCCGCCCAGCGAUCAGAACCAGUCAAUGGAAAAUCUGUAUGGAGGGAUUACCGGUCAAGGCACAGAACUGAUGUCCGACGGCUCUGAAGAUUUCAGUUCAAUCCGUUUGUCGGCUGAAGAGGUGGACGUCCUUCUCCAGAAGUGUGAGGGUGGUGUGGCGUUUGCCCUCAAGUACGCCAAGAACAUCUCCAAGUACAUGAAGGACCUCAUCUAUUACUUGGAGAAGAGGACCACUCUGGAAAUGGAGUUUGCAAAAGGACUUCAGAAGAUGGUGAAUACCUGCAAACAAACCAUCACCCAAGAGCCCUACAUGCCCUUUCUCUCCAUCUAUUCUCUGGCCCUGGAACAAGACCUGGAAUACACACUCAGCUCCCUUCACGCUGCCACCACAUUGCGGAUGGAGACCUUCCUGCAGCCCCUGCAAAUGCGGCGCCUGGAGCAUGAGAAGCGUCGGAAAGAGAUCAAGGAUCAAUGGGGCCGGGCCCAAAGAAAACUGCAAGAAGCAGAGAACAACCUACGAAAGGCCAAGCAGACCUACAUGCAGCGCUCGGAGGAGAGCGAGAAAGCCAAGCAUGUGGCAGCCAAGGCGGAAGAGGAGCAGCUGGGGUCCAGCGGGGGCAUCGGGGGCACCAUGGGCAGCUCCACCACCAAGGCCCUGGACAAGAAGCGGCGCCUGGAGGAGGAAGCCAGGAACAAGGCAGAAGAAGCCAUGGCCACCUACCGGACUUGCAUCGCAGAUGCCAACACACAGCGGCAAGAGUUGGAGGACACCAAAGUGACCUCUUUGCGGCAGCUACACGAAGUGAUCAAGCAGAGCGACCAGGUCAUUAAAUCGGCUACUAUUUCGUUCUACCAAAUCAUGCACAUGCAGACGGCACCGCUGCCUGUCUACUUCCAGACGCUGUGUGAGAGCAGCAAGCUCUAUGACCCCGGGCAGCAGUAUGCCUCCCAUGUCAAGCGGCUGCAGCGGGAAGAUGAACCGGAGACACAAUAUGACUUCGAGCCCUACAUCUCCCAGAACAACUGGUCUCCGCUCAGCCGGACACGGAAAGGCAGCUACAGCACCAGUGAAUUUGCACAGGCGGGCAGCCUGGAUGCAGCCAGCAAAGAUGGGGCGACCCACAUAGAACGACGAGGUGGGCGGGGUCACCAGGUGCACAAGUCGUGGCCGACCGUGAUCACGGAGACCAAGGGCGGCCUGGAGGCCCGUGCCACAAGCUCAGGUGAGUUGCCCCCAAAGUACCAACCGAUGCCUUCCAAUGGAUCCUUGUCUCCUGGAGAUGACUCUGAUGGAAACUCUCCGUUGUUUGAGCAGAGUAUUAACGAAAUGAGCCCAGGGAUCUCCGCUGCCACCGGACCCUUCCGACACGUUGGCUUGUCCAAAGCGGCCCAGACUCACCGGCUGAGAAAGCUACGCACCCCAUCCAAAUGCCGCGAAUGCAACAGCUACGUCUAUUUCCAAGGAGCCGAAUGCGAGGAGUGUUACCUGGCCUGCCACAAAAAGUGCCUGGAGACGCUGGCCAUCCAGUGUGGCCACAAGAAACUCCAAGGGAAGCUGCAACUCUUUGGCCAGGACUUCCUGCAGGCCUCUCGCACCAGCCCUGAUGGCAUCCCCUUCAUUGUCAAAAAGUGCGUCCUGGAGAUUGAAAAGCGUGCCAUGAGGACCAAGGGCAUCUAUCGUGUCAAUGGGGUGAAAACCCGGGUGGAGAAGCUGUGCCAGGCUUUUGAGAACGGGAAAGAGCUGGUGGAGUUGUCCCAGGCUUCUCCCCACGACAUCAGCAACGUCUUGAAGCUCUACUUGCGCCAGCUCCCAGAACCCAUCCUGCCAUUCCGGAUGUACAACAGCCUGAUGGGGUUGGCCAAGGAGAGCCUGCAGGGGGGAAUUGAGGGGGGCAAGGCCGGGAAGAGUGUGGCCGAGAUGGUGGACAAAGGAGCCGAGACAGAGAAAGUGGUGCUGGUGCUGGUGGCCAAACUGCGAGAGCUGCUGAAGGAACUUCCGCCGGAGAACUUGGCCACCAUGAAGUUCAUUGUGCAGCACCUGAGAAGGAUUGUGGAAGUUGAACAAGAGAACAAGAUGACCUCCGGCAACCUGGGCAUCGUCUUCGGCCCCACAUUAAUGCGCCCUCGACCCAUCGAAGCCACCAUUUCCCUCUCUUCCCUGGUUGACUACCCCCAUCAGGCACGGAUCAUUGAAGCACUCAUCAUCUUCUACUCUGCCAUCUUUGAAACUGACCAGACGUUUGCAGAUGGUUUGGAAGAAGCUGCAGAGGAGGAGGAGGAAGAAGAGAAGGAACCCAUUGGGAACCAGGAGAACACCAGUGUUCAGCCACAUGAUGGAGUCCCAUACCAUCUGCCAACUCCUGACCAGGCAGAGGCAGCUCUUCAUGAGGACUCAUACGGAGAAUCUAGAGCGUGCUUUAUUGAUUCAGAUUCGGACCUAGAAGAUGGCGGGGAGCCCAGUAUCGAAGGAGACCUACAGAUGGUCAUGGCUCAGCACAGCGAGUCCAGUGGAGACGAGGAAACCCCCUUGGCAGACGAAGCCACUGAGGAAGGAACACGGAGCUGGAGGUGCAGUGCUGGGCAGUCAGACUCUGAGGACGUCUUGCUGCCACCGCAUCACUCACCCCGGGGGGAAGGCGACUGUGAUGCAGGCAAGGAUGCCGUCUUUGGGAAAGAAGAUGAAACACUGGCAGGCGGAGGAUGCUAGGGGGCUAUAACACCAACCAGUCCAACAACACCGCCUCCUCACACUCGCACUUUGGUUGCAAGAUGCUUGGGCAAUACCCCAAGGUGCAUGCAUUUCUUUUGCUGGCCUCCAGAGUGACACCAUGCACAUAACAGUUGAAGGCUAGGAGGAUGCAUAUCCAGCCAGCGGGUCAUUCAGCUGGUUUGCUUUGGCUCACUCAAACCAGUUGUUAAAUGGCUGCUUCUCAGCAAUUGGCCCUGAGCUCCCACUCUCUGCCAUUGCCACAACCGCCUUUGGCUAGUAUUCUUUGCUUUGGCACUUUUCUUUCCCUCCAUCACUGUAUCCUGGAGGAGCAAAGUAAAUGAAGAUUGACCCAAGGAAGUGGGAAUGAUGGUAAAGAGAAGCAGUUCAUACCUUGCCCAAAUCAAGCAAACCAAGAGGGGAUGAUUGUCUUAUGAAAUCUGUAAGCAGAGGGAGGAACACCAGUGGUAAUGGGCUUCUUGGCAUUACAGAUUUAUAAUCAGCGAGAGAGCAACUGGGCAAGCAUUGGAGGGAUGGCUCCCAAGUCUGCUACUUGUUUUUCUUCUUCCUUACCAGGCUAGCUCUCUUGUCCAUAUAUAUAAGUGCACAUGCAGCCAGAUUGUCAGAACAGUGGGCUCAUCACGGUCCUCUGAGCGGAGUGUGGAAAGGAGAUACAUGUGUGUGCUCAUUGUGGCAUUUUCUGUAUCUUGGUGAAGGCCUAAGGAGUGUCAGGUGUCCCUUAUUAUAAGAGAUAUCCCUUAUUUGAAUGCCAGAAAGCUUGUCCUUUACAGGAAUGGCUGGUAUUUCCUUAUGAGCAAUGUCCCUUAUCCGAGGACCAAAAAGCAUGUCCCCUAUAGGGCAGGCAUGUGUCCUUUAUUAUAAGAAAUGUCCCUUACUUAAAGGUUGGGAACCUUGUCCUCUGUAAGAUUGGCACAUUUCUCAUAUCUUUUAUUUGAGGAACAGAACUCAACUAAGGGAUAUUACUUAUUUUAGCAACACCAGGCUCCUUUUAAAGUUCUCCUCUUAUUAACCUGAACUGGUAAUCCUUAUGUUAGCAUGUUGAGGUGGAAUCUCUUUUCCUGUAUCUUGAAUCCAUUGCUGCGGCCUGGUCGCUGGAGCAGCAAAAAAACCAAGCUUGCUCCAUCUUCAAUAUGACACCCCUUCAAAUAUUUAAACAGGGCUAUCAUGUUUAACCUUCUCUUUCCCAGUCUAGAGAUAUCCAGCUCCCUAAGCCUCUCCUCAUAGGCGGUUUCUGAACCUUUCACCAUUUUGGUUGCCCUCUAGGCAUGCUCUAGUUUGACCACAUCCUUCUGGAAUUGUGGUGCCCAAAACUGGACAUAAAGGAUUCCAGGUGAAGUCUGACCUUCUUUGCCUGAUGCAGAUGCUGGCUCUUAUAGGUGAACUAGGCUACUGAAUGCCAGACAUCAUUUACAAUUGCCCAGGUGGCAAUGCUCCAGGUAAGAAUGCUUACCUGGUACAUCCUGUGUGGAUUUGGCAGCAAAAGAUGCUAGUGGGGGGGGGGGGGGCAUUGUGCAUGAUGGUGUAUGAAAGUAAAAAAAAAAUCAGUUACUUUUAGAUACAGAAUUUUAGAACUGUAAAAAUGCUCCUUACUUCUGCAGCAACACAUUUGGAAGUAUAUCUCUUUUAGAGCCCCAAUUUCAAAAUCCAGAACUGUAAGGCAAGGUACGUCUUAGACUCAUAUGUGCUACAACUAUUUCAGUUACUGAGAAAGCACUGCCAAUUUAUUUACUAAAUGUAAGAGUGUGUAAAGUUAAAAGCACCUACAACAAAGAUGGAAUGGUACUGUGGGUCUGAGUGUUUUGUUUCAUAUUUGUACUGCUUGGAUUAAUGAGUGUAUGCACAAAUCUUAAACUUCUGCUUUUAAUUAUUUGUAUAUAAGUAUAUCUUUCUUGUCAUUUUUAUUAUAGCAUAUUUCUCAAUUUUAAGCAACUAUAUCACAUUGUGAAAGGUUUUUGUAAGUGCUGUAUGCAAAUAAAGUGUGUGAACUAUACCCACA